AUGCAGACUCGUCUCACCUACCUCAGACAUUAUCUCGGAGUAGCCCUUAUCCUGAUGUGUGCCUCGCCCGACACCAUUCGUGAGAUCAUGCUGGCAGCGCUCGAUCUCAACAUGGUAGGAAGCGGAGAAUACGUCUUUUUCUCUGUGGAGCUCUUCACAAGCCGCAACGACAGCCGGAAGCCGUGGUACCGCGAGGCAGACUCCCCGGACAAGAACGCGCUGGCCCAGAGGGCCUACGAGGCCCUGCUCACGGUCACCGCCAGGACUCCCGAGACCGAGGACUUCCGCAACUUCUCCAGGGAGGUGAAGCAGCUGGCCAUCGACAAAUUCAACUUCUCCUUCGGCAACGAAGAGGUAAAUAACUUCGUGGCAGCAUUCCACGAGGCGGUCAUCCUCUACUCCAUCGCCCUGAACGAAACGCUGAGUGAGGGUGGCAGCAUCGUCAACGGCUCCGAAAUUACUCGGAGAAUGUGGAACCGGACAUUCACGGGAAUCACGGGCACGGUGAGGAUCAACGAGAACGGGGACCGAGACGCCGACUACUCGAUCCUCGACAUGGAUCCGGUUACCAAGGAAUUCCAAGUGGUGGCCAACUACUUCGGCGUAAACAAGAGCUUCAGCGACGUCCCAGGUCGUAUGAUCCACUGGCCCGGAGGGAAGCGACUGCCUCCACCGGACACGCCGAGGUGCGGAUUCGACGGCUCAAAGUGCCCCGACGAAGAACUUCCAAAGUAUGCAAUCGUGAGCGGCGUCCUCAGCGGCUUGGUUGUCAUCCUUUGCGUCGUAUUCUUCUUCAUCUACAGGCACUUCAGACUGGAAGCAGAACUGGCCUCCAUGACGUGGAAAAUCAGAUGGGAAGAGAUCUCCAUCUCGGCUCCCGGCUUUGGGUCUCGAUUGAGCCUGACGAGAGCCAGCCUCGCCAGCUCCAACUCAUCAGAGGCCAUGUUCUUUGGAGAUGGGCGUCGUCAAAUGUUCAUUGGCACAGGACUUUACAAGGGAAUGGUGGUUGCCAUCCGGCCGUUCAACAAGAUGAAGCUUGAAGUCACAAGGUCUUUACUCGUAGAAUUGAAAAACAUGAAAGAUCUACAACACGACCACAUCGUGCGUUUCCUCGGUGUUUGUGAGGAUUCUCCUCACUGCUGUCUCGUCACAGAAUAUUGUCCAAGGGGAAGCUUGCAGGAUAUUCUCGAAAAUGAUGAAAUCAAGUUGGACUGGAUGUUUCGCUACUCGUUGAUGCACGAUAUUGUAAAGGGAAUGGCGUACCUACACAGCAGUGUCCUCCACAGUCACGGGAACCUCAAAUCUUCCAACUGCGUGGUGGACAGUCGCUUCGUGCUCAAAAUCACCGACUUUGGCCUCCACUGCCUGCGCUCCAGCGACAACAACGAAAACCACGACUCCUACGCGUACUGGAGACGUAUGCUGUGGACGGCACCCGAGCUGCAACGGGCCUGCGACGCUCCUUCAGCCGGCACGCAAAAAGGUGACGUCUACUCGUUCGCCAUCAUCGCCCACGAGAUUGUCCUCAGGCAGGGACCUUUCUUUCUUGGACCGCUCGAUCUCUGCCCUAAAGAAAUUGUUGAAAAUGUCCGGAAGGAGCACAAGGUUCCAUUCCGACCUCUUCUCGAAGAAGACUGCUGCAGCGAGGAAGUAGCUCAAAUGAUUCGCAGAUGUUGGUCCGAAGAUCCAGCUGAAAGACCGGACUUUCACUCUCUCAAGCCUCUUAUUCGGAGGUUCAACAAGGAGCGGCAGGGCGUAAACAUUUUGGAUAACCUGCUGUCGCGGAUGGAGCAGUACGCCAACAACCUGGAAAAACUCGUCGAGGAGCGGACGGCCAGUUACCUCGAAGAGAAGCGGAAAGCAGAGGACCUUCUCUACCAACUGCUGCCCAGAUCCGUUGCAAGCCAGCUGAUCAAAGGUCAGUCGGUGACCGCAGAGUCAUACGACAGCGUUACAAUCUACUUCAGUGAUAUUGUGGGCUUCACGUCGUUGUCGGCCCAGAGCACACCAAUGCAGGUCGUCGAUUUAUUGAACGACCUGUACACCUGCUUUGAUUCCAUCAUCGAGAACUAUGAUGUUUACAAGGUGGAGACGAUCGGCGACGCGUACAUGGUGUCGUCAGGACUUCCGGUACGCAACGGAAUGCUGCAUGCUCGAGAGAUCGCCCGCAUGUCUCUGGCAUUGCUGCGAGCUGUACGCUGUUUUAGCAUACGUCAUCGGCCCCUGGAACAGCUUAAGCUACGCAUCGGGAUCCACACAGGUCCCUGUGCUGCCGGAAUUGUAGGUCUCAAAAUGCCCAGGUACUGUCUGUUCGGUGACACCGUUAAUACUGCCUCGAGGAUGGAAUCUAAUGGGCAGCCGCUCAAAAUCCACGUAAGCACAGCUACCAAAGAAGCCCUAGAGAGGUUCAAGACAUUCCAACUUGAACUGCGUGGAGACAUUGAAUUAAAGGGCAAGGGGUUAAUGACCACGUACUGGCUUCUGGAGGAGACGCCGGAGACCAUUUCCCCAGAUGAAGAUGGCCACCCCAAAGAAACCAAAGUCUGA